AUGAUGCUGCAACUCUUGUCCGCCGCUUCGAUCCUUCUGCUACGAGCCUCUGCCGUCCCCACUAAAGUCUCCCCUCAAGAGGAGGCAUUGAUUACACCCGCUCCAACUCGUACGCUUGCGGUCUAUGGAUCUUAUGCAGGAGCACGGCGAGAUGUUCUCAGCGAUAUCACGGCCGGUCUCGACUCAUAUGUCAACUCUGUGUUUUCCGAGUUGGGGAGCGCGAUACCUUCGUACGUGUCCAAUGGCUUGCUGCCCGGCCUACAGAACCUUCCCACUGGGAGCGAUGUAGCCAGCUCGGUAGGAGUCAGCAGCUCGGAUCUUGCUGCUUCUCCCACACAGGUAUUGAACAUUCCAGGAUAUGGAAACUGGACAUCUUCGGGCUGGAACUUGCGUAUACAUGGGAACGUGUUCAAACAGCCCAACAUUUCCAAUGACACUGUGGACGACCUCGCCAAUUUCUUCCUGAUCGACACCAGUGUUGCGGAUCUUCCACCAUCCCAGCAGGACCAAGCCCGCAACCUUACGCGAGAGAUUUAUGUUGUGCAGCAAGGGCAUCAAUCCGUCACAAUGGAUAUAGUGCCAGGUCCGCAAUUCGGUUCGAGUGGGCAACCUGGAGGAGGGGGCGGCGAGACUCCAGCGGGUGGAGAGCAGGUCAUCACGUUGCCGUAUCCAACCACCCCUGAAGGCGACUUUGACGUCUUCGUACCAGUCGACAGCAAUUCGCUUGCAUUAACAUCUGGUGCUGGCGAGAUGCCCCCACAGAGGCUGAAUGUGUACACUCAGGGGACUGACACAGGCAAUGCAACCUCGUACCUUGUCUCAGACCAGGGCCUCACCAUCAUCUCCGACAUUGACGACAUCCUGCGCGUCACCAAGAUCUACCAGCCGAAAGAGGGCCUCCUCAACUCCUUCGCCCGUCCCUUUACUCCCUGGAUGAACAUGCCCGACAUCUACCGCAACUGGUCCGUCAGCCUGCCAAACAUGCACUUCCACUACCUCACCACGACACCCGAACAAAUCACCCGCAACUACAUGGAAUACAUCUAUGCGAACUACCCUGGCGGCAGCUUCGACACCCGGCCCCUCAACUUCAGCGAUGUCUCUGCGACGCUUUCCAUCCGCAAGUUCCUCCUCGACAAGAUCUUCCAAACAUUUCCAAAUCGGAAAUUCAUCCUCGUGGCGGACACGAGUAACUCGGACGUCAUGCGGGAUUAUCCCGAGUUGGCGACACAAUAUCCGGGCCAAGUACAGUGUAUAUUCCUGCGAAAUACCUCAGCCACCGACCCGGGUGACAAAUUUCCAUACAACACUGAGGGGUUCAAGAAUCUGAAUCAGAACAGCUACAUGUUCUUCAAGGUGCCGGAUGAUCUGGCCGGUUUGGAUAUCGUGAACGGCCAGUGUUGGAAUACCACCAUCCCGCAGAAUUUGACAUUUGGGUAUCAGGGCCUGCCUUUUGGGUUGUCAACGGGUGACGGCAAUUCCAGUAGCAAUGAUAACGCUGCCGGGAGGUUGUUGGGCGAUCGUGGUCUGUUGGAGAGAUCCAGCACGCUCGCGAUGCUUGUGCUGGGCCUGGUCGCUUUCAACAGCUUCUGA